AUGAAUGCUACUAUUUUUCCUGACAACCAUUCUGGAUCACCAGAUUCGUUGGUUUUCGAUGAUUUUGAGAGAGAAAAUUCGCAAGCUUCUUCCUCUGUAACUAUAAGUGAAAGUGGCUUGAAUAGCGGUCCAUCGAAUAUCAAUGGAUUAUUAGGUGAUGAGAAAGCACUAAAUCGCAUAAAUUUAUGCCGUGAGCUAUGCGGUGACGGUGAAGGCUCAAAUGUUGAUGAAUUCACUUCUAAAAGUACAAAUUCCUUCUCUAUUCUUAACGUACCGUCGAAUACGCCAACCAAUUUUGCUCCGGAAAUGAACUCGGAAGAAGAGAUUUCUAAGAUCAACAAUGCACUGAAAAAUAUGGAUGGUAUUUCAGAUAAAGAAAUGGAAAAUAAGGUGGAAAAAGAGGGUGAGGUGAUUGAGGAUAAAAAAAGUUUUUUUGUAAAUAUGAAAAAGAUCAUUAAAAAGAUUUUAAAGGGAAAAUGCAAGAAAAGAUAG